CUGCCCGACGGACAGCUCCUCGGAGACCUGCCCGAAGGAGCAAAAAGGCGGAGGGGGAAAGAGAAAGGCUCUCCACUCCACCAUGCAGGAUGAAAUUCUGUUGACUCCCUGGAGGGACUUUCCUGUCAAAGACACGGACCCAUUUGCCCCCCCGGAUGAAGAUAAGUGGGAUUUUGUCCUGGUAAGCAACAUCCACGAAGUGGGAAGCGAGAAGGAGAUCAAGAGGAAGAAGUUCCUGGAUGAGCUGAGCAAGAAGGGGUUUGCCAUCAAGAAAAUUGAGGACAAGAAGCUAUUUUAUGGAGUCCGUGCCCCAAAACAGAUCUUCCAGAAAUAUCAGUGGCUCUUGAGGAACCCCGACAGCAGGCUGCAAAACUGCGAUGUCCAUCAUGACAUACCAGUGACCACCAGGAUACGGAUCGUGAACUUCAUCCUGCAGAACACAAUGACGCCUGACCUCGAGAAGCUGGAUGACCUGAUAAAGAAGAAGGUCUUUGAGGCAGCGUUUCCCCUGCACGAGAAAGAAGAAGUAAGGGAAUUCCUAAAGGAGAAAUGGUUUAACUGGAGAGAUAUAUUUUGCGAACAGCGGAUUGAGAAGAUCAGGUGCUAUUUUGGUGAGAAGGUGGCCUUGUACUUUGCCUGGCUGGGCUGGUACACUCACCUGCUGGGAAUCGCUGCAGUGGCUGGACUGGUGGUCUUCGUGGCUGGGAUUACUGUUUUCAACUCCAGCCAGGUGAGCAAGGAGAUCUGUGAAGCCAGUAACACCAUCAUGUGCCCACUCUGCGACCAGAAGUGCCCAUUCUGGCUCCUCUCUGACACCUGCACCUAUGCCAGGGUCACUCACAUGAUUGACAACGAAGGGACGGUUUUGUUUGCCAUGUUCAUGGCGAUCUGGGCCACUGUGUUCCUGGAGCUGUGGAAGAGGAAGAGAGCCAACGUGGUCACUGACUGGGACCUGUACAGGUGGGAUGAGGAAGAGGAGGAGCUGGCUAUGGAGCUGAUCAAUAAUUUGCAACACGAACCCCGGCGGUACCAGCACUCCUACUUCCGCAGCACCAUCAUGCUCCUCUUGGUUCUGGUGAUGAUUGCCGUGCUGAUCGGCAUCGCCCACGCGCUCAUCAUUUACCGGGUGAUAGCAACGGCUCUCUUCACCCAGAGCGACUUCGAGUUCCUCCACGAGCAGGCCAACACGAUGGCAGUGAUGACAGGGGCCAUACUGCACUACGUCACCAUCGUCAUCAUGACCAAGGUCAACAGGCACGUGGCCCUCUAUCUCUGUGACCUGGAGAAACCACGGACCUUCUCCCAGCGUGAGAACAACUUCACCGUGAAGAUCUUCACCUUCCAGUUCUUCACAAACUUCUCUUCACUCAUCUACAUAGCCUUUUUCCUGGGACGGAUCAACGGCCAUCCAGGGAAUUACGUGCGCAUUGCUGGCAAGUGGAGGCUGGAAGAGUGCCACCCCAGCGGCUGCAUCACCGACCUCUUCAUCCAGAUGGCCAUCAUUAUGCUGCUCAAGCAGACCAUCAGCAACGUGGCGGAGUAUCUCAUCCCCUGGAUAGCCCACAAGCUACGCAAGAAGCAGCAGCGCCCCAAGAAGAGAAGCAUGAUAUUAGGAGAGGAGGAGGAGGAGGCCGAGGACCCCUGCAAAAGGCAGUGGCUGAGCAACUAUCAACUCAAGGAGGUCAACAUCUUCAGCUUGUUUGACGAAUUCUUGGAGAUGGUGAUCCAGUACAGCUUCACCACCAUUUUCGUCGCUGCCUUUCCCCUUGCCCCGCUGCUGGCAUUCUUCAACAACCUCUUCGAGAUCCGCCUGGAUGCUAUCAAGAUGAUGCGGCUGCACCAGCGCAUGGUGCCCAGGAAGGCCAAUGACAUCGGAAUCUGGCUGCAGGUCUUGGAGGCUGUCGGCAUCCUAGCUGUCAUUGGGAAUGGACUGGUGAUUGCCAUCACAUCCGACUUCAUUCCCGUGCAGGUCUACAAGUACACAUACAGCCCCUGCAUGAUGGAAAACAGCACUAGCGUGGACUGCUCGACCGGCUACAUCAACCACAGCCUCUCCGUCUUCCGUAUUCAGGACUUCGAGCCGUACACAAAGCUGCCCGAAAUGCUGCCAGGCUUUCUCAGCAACGAGAUCAAGGAGUGCAGGUACCGGGAUUACAGGAACGCCGAUGACUACAGCUACACGGUCCAGUUCUGGCACAUCUUUGCAGCCCGGCUUGCCUUCCUCAUCCUCUUUGAGCACGUGGCUCUGUGCGUCAAACUGAUUGCAGCCUGGUACAUCCCUGAUGUCCCCCAGUCGGUUAAGAAUCAAUUUCUGGACAGAAAACACAGCAACCUUCGUAAAGACCUGAGCAUGAUGGAGUACUCCACCGAGGUGUAGCCACCGCUCACCGAGGAGAAUGAGAAACACGGACUUGAGCCCCCCUCC